UCUCUCUCAGUCUCCAUCCAUUCCCUGCUAGGGAUGCGGCUGCCAUAGCAACUGCUGAGUCACUCCCGGCUCUCUGCUCUCAGCUGCCGUCCUCUAAUGUGAUUGUUUCAGUGAGGGGGGAAGCCAGGCCCUCAGUCAUCCACCCUGUCUGCAUGCGUGAGCAUAUUGAUCAGAGUACUCCAACACGUACAUUUGUUGCAGUCGAUUCAGUCGAACGUAAAGAUCCAUCGCUGCGGGUGUCGGAGCCAGAGGAUCCUGGGGGAGCUCUACAGGCCGAACCUAACGGGAUCCUUUCAGAUGGGCAACUUUCCCACCACGGUGAAGCACUGCCUGAGCUACGAGGAACUGAUCCAGGAUUAUCCAUGGCUAGCACGCUGGCUGCAGGAGGAGAAGCGAGCUUUAACACAUGAAUACCCAGAGUAUGUUAAAAUUGUUGAAGUCGGGCCAAGAGACGGACUUCAAAAUGAAAAGGAAAUGGUUCCAACAGGAGUCAAAAUCCAGCUGAUAGACAUGCUCUCAGAAACAGGCCUGCCUGUGAUCGAGGCCACCAGCUUUGUGUCUUCAAAGUGGGUACCGCAGAUGGCGGACCACACUGAAGUACUUCAAGCCAUCCACAGAUCUUCUCAUGUUCGUUAUCCAGUUCUGACACCCAACAUGCAUGGCUUUCAGGAUGCUGUUGCAGCUGGUGCUACUGAAGUGGCCGUGUUUGGGUCUGCCUCUGAGACCUUCAGUAGGAAAAAUAUAAACUGCUCUAUAGAUGAGAGCAUUCUGAGGUUUGAGGAAGUCAUUUACGCUGCCAAACAACAACAGAUUCCAGUCCGUGGAUAUGUUUCUUGUGCACUAGGAUGUCCAUACGAGGGACCCAUUGAUCCCACUAAAGUUGCAGAGGUGGUGAAGAGGUUGUAUGAACUGGGCUGCUAUGAGGUGUCUCUGGGGGAUACUAUCGGUGUGGGGACCCCAGGCUCCAUGGCCAAGAUGUUACACAGCGUCAUGAAGGAGGUACCCAGCAGCGCUCUGGCCGUUCACUGCCACGACACCUACGGCCAGGCCCUGACCAACAUCCUAACUGCACUGCAGAUGGGGAUUUGUACAGUGGACUCGUCUGUAGCAGGUCUGGGAGGGUGCCCAUAUGCCCAGGGUGCCUCUGGCAACGUGUCAACAGAAGAUGUUCUCUAUAUGCUCCAUGGGAUGGGCAUUAAAACCGGAGUGGAUCUCUCCAAAGUAAUCGAGGCAGGUGACUUCAUCUGCAAAGCCUUAAACCGCAAGACCAACUCCAAGGUAGCCCAAGCAAGAGGCGAUUACUCCAAGCAUUGCUGCAUGAAGAAGAUAAAAACUUGACACCUUUCCCUUUUGAACAGUGUUUAUUCCUGUUGAUGCUACAUAUAGAUUGCAAAUUACGCUAUACAAAAUGCACUAUACUUAUAUUUUUUUACAAAAAUGUAUAGCCAUUUAGCAGAGGCACUUCAUUAAAGCAUUGCUGGAUAAGGCCUACUAAAUUCAAUAAAUAACUAAACUUUUUAAACCAAAUAAGUUGGUUAAUAACUUUCACGUAUAGUCUGUCUGAUAGGAGGUAAAAGAGAGAGAUGACUCCUCACUAAGUUGUGAAAGUUAUUCAUGAUGUUUCUGUGGGGGUCUCUUCCCAUUCAUUUCCGGCUCAAUGUGGUUACAAUUAGACAAGGGGACCUGAGAGGGUCAAGGGAGUCCUGCUGGGUUUAAAACCAGUGUGGGUCGAUCAUUAUCUCCCUCAAAAUGUAUUUUCAUUUCCUAAGUCCCUUGCUCUGUCAAGAUGGAAGUAUGGAUGUGAAAUAUGUAUAUGUUUUUUCUCUCUUCAUCCUUCUCACCAGUGCAUGACCCCAUUCCAUAAGUUGGAUCAGGUCGAAACCAUAGAGAUGGUCGAAACCAUUCAUUUUAUUCUGUAGAGUUAAAUGGACUGCAGUCGGCGACUUUAUGUUUAACUAUUGUUUGUGCAAUAGUCAGAAGGGACACAUGUUUUUUAGCUGGUGAAGUCUCUAAACCUCUACCUUUGGUUGAAGUAGGCCUUCUGAACAUAUCUCUAAGAACACUAACAAUAUAAAAUAUUGGUGAAUUAAAUCCCUACAUUAACUUAGCUGUAUAACAAAGCAUGUAAUCUCCCUUCCACUAGACAGUCCUCCUUCUUAAACGCCUUACUCUUGCAAAUAAUUUGAGCAAAUGUCAAUAUCCAUGAGUAAAGUAUUUUAUUAAUUUGCUUUUUAAUAGUAAUGAAUGUAGUAAUAUGUAUUACGUGAGUAUUAUGUAUUAUGUGACAAAGUAGUAAUAGUAAAUAUGUGAAUAUGAUGUAUUAUGUGACAAAGUGCUAUGUGACAACGUACUAUAAUAAUAAGUCAUAUAUUGACCAAAUGCCUUCGGAAAGUCUUCAGACCCCUUGACUUUUUCCACAUUUUGUUAGG